CACAUACCCAUUAAUAAAAAAAUGUUCCAUUUUACCCCCUUUUGCGGCAAUUGUUUAGCCGAACGAGCUUUUCAGUCGUCUAUUUGACUGCAAAUUCAGUUCAACUGCUAUUGUUUAUCUCUCUAUUUUUUUGUUCAGUUUCAAUUAUGGUCAUUUCUUUAUACCACUUGGUGAGUUGGUGUUGUCAGAUUCUGCGAGGUAAUUCUUGUUCAAUGUUACAUGUUAUUUCCUUCCUAUCAUCUCACGAACCGUGACCUGAUAGAAUUUCGGGAGAUACAAUGUGAACUUGAUACAAUUUUGGUUACAACAACCAAACUUCUCACUUUUUGGUUUCUUUCUUUCUUUAGAGACCACAAUGGAGUCUCAGUGGGGCACAGCUAAACUAUUAUUGUUAUUUUAGUUUUGGAUUAGGAUUGGUGGCUUACUUUGCGUUUGUUUCAUGGCGUGUGAUUCACUGGAAUGUAUUCACUGAAUUUAUCGUUCAAUAAUCAUACUUGAAUUGAGAAAUAAGUUUGCAUCCUACCGUGGCAUGUUCACAUAUAUGACUUGAUAUCCGCAAUCCCUGUUGUUGAGAAACCUAGUAGGCUUUGAAGUCACAUCUAGAAUAUACUUCACUAUAAGCAACAUUGUAGAAUUUAGAGAUACAAAGUUCUACUUCUACAUUAUUAAAAAGGCUUUACCCAAGUUCAAGGCGAUUAACUGAAGUGAAAUUUCAUGGUUACUGAAUGAAGUGGAAUGAAUGAACGAGGAGAAAAUCUACCGUGCUACCAUCCAUGUCAUAAAAACUACAAUUUUUUUUCUCAGGGAUGUUUAAUUUGUUUAGCACUUGCUUUGGGUUGGGCUCUUGCUGCUUAUGUCAGGAACAGAGAGAUAAAGCAAAUGAACGAUGCUAUGAGGAAUGGCAAUAGCUUUCCUUUCCUUUAUCAUGACAUUAAUGAACUUGAGCACUCCAAUCAGGUCAAUCUUCCAAGAGUAUCAGUAGUUAUGCCCCUAAAAGGCUUUGGAGAACACAAUCUGCAUAAUUGGAGGAGUCAGAUAACAUCUCUUUAUGGUGGCCCUCUAGAAUUUCUUUUUGUGGUAGAAAGUACAGAGGAUCCUGCUUACCAUGCUGUAUCACGGCUAAUAUUAGAAUUUGAGGAUUACGUUGAUGCUAAAAUCAUUGUAGCUGGUUUGUCGACAACUUGUAGUCAAAAGAUUCACAAUCAGUUGGUUGGAGUGGAGAGAAUGCACAAAGAUACCAAGUAUGUGUUGUUUUUGGAUGAUGAUGUUAGGCUACAUCCUGGAUCAAUUGGAGCACUCACUCGUGAGAUGGAAAAGAACCCUGAUAUAUUUAUUCAAACUGGAUACCCGCUGGAUUUGCCAUCCGGAAGUCUAGGGAGUUACUGCAUAUAUGAAUACCAUAUGCCUUGUUCAAUGGGCUUUGCAACUGGUGGAAAAACAUUCUUCCUGUGGGGAGGGUGUAUGAUGAUGCAUGCUGAUGAUUUUAGGCAAGACCGUUAUGGAGUGGUAUCAGGACUUAAAGAUGGUGGAUAUUCUGAUGAUAUGACCCUUGCAGCCAUAUCUGGGGCACACAAAAGGCUCAUUACUUCUCCUCCUGUUGCUGUCUUUCCUCACCCCCUUGCAAGUGAUCUUAACUUUGGAAGAUACUGGAAUUACUUAAGGAAACAAACAUUUGUUUUGGAGUCAUACAUAUCAAAUGUUAACUGGAUGAUGAAUCGUGCAUUAUUCGGUACCCACUGCUAUUUGUCAUGGGGAUUUGUAGCACCAUAUUUUAUGGCAUUGAUUCAUGUUGCAGCAGGAUUGAGAUUUUAUGUAAACGGAUACUCGGUUGAAGAAACACCCUACACUUUCGGUGGUUUAUCAUUGGUCACCAUUCUGGCCAUUUGCACUCUUGUUGAGCUUCUUUCUAUGUGGAACUUGACAAGGAUAGAAGUUAAGCUAUGCAACAUGCUUUCUCCAGAGGCAUCACAACUAUCGCUUGCCUCCUAUAAUUGGGGUCUCGUGUUCGUUGCAAUCCUGGUUGAUAACUUUCUAUACCCUUUAUCUGCUGUUCGAUCUCACUUUUCUCAAUCUAUAAAUUGGUCUGGUAUCCGCUAUUACUUGAAGGAUGGGAAAAUUCAUAAGAUCGAAAGAACUCAAAGAAGCAAGGACAUGGAUCCAGUAUUCACAGACUUGGGUGGAAAACAUCUAUAUGGUAAGAAAGGGUUGCCAAUGAGGGGUUCAUUCCUUAGUUCUUUGUCCAGAACUUUGGCACAAUGGCAUCAACCCAAGAAAUUUGAUUGCUAGUGGAAAGGUCAUCAACUCGUGUCUAUUCUAUCUGUCUGUGUCUGUCUGUCUUAUUGCCUUAGCUGGGAAGGAUGGGCAUUGUAGGACGUUGGUCUUAUUUAUUGUUUGGUGCAUUGAUGAUUGAUAAUUAGGAAAUUUGAUAACUAGGAAAGGGCAAUUAUGUCUCUUGCCUCUUAUCUCAUUACCUCAUUUGGGAAAGCAUGGGUUUUAGUAGAUCAGUUUAUUCAUUGUUUGGUGCAUUCAUGAUUGAUUGAUUUUAGAGUGAUAGGAAUCUAGUUCCAUUUUUUUGUCCAACACAUUCAAAUCCAUACGAUUCUUCAGCCCAAAGCCUUCUCUGCGUGGGGUUGAUUUUGUAAUUGUAACAUUUCAGUGAUGUAAUUUAUGUAAUACAGUAUUCAAGAAUUGCCAAACUCUUUUUUAUACAGCAAUACAACUAGCUAGCUAUUAGCAUUUAUUUUUAA